AUGGCGUCAAAGGAAAAGUUAAAUGAAAAUGUAUUCAUAGAUUUUGAGUGCAAAGAUGUUAAAGUUCAACCAACGCCUCCAUCAGCAACCACUCGCAAGUCUAAGUAUCAAAAUGGUCAAUCUAUUGUAAAAGUAGAAAAAGAAAAUCCAAUUAAAGAUAUAGAGGAAAAUAUAUUAAUUGACUUUGAGUGCAAAGAUGUUAAAAUUCAACCGACGGCUUUAAUAACAACCAUUCACAAGCCUGCGCAUCAAAAUGUUCAAGCUAUAGUAAAAGUAGAAGAAGAAAAUCCAACCAAUGAUAUAGAGGAAAAUGUUUUAAUUGAUUUUGAGUGCAAAGAUGUUAAAUUUGAUUCCAAGUCUCAAUCCGCAGUCACCUGCAAAUCUGAACACCAAAAUUUCCAAACUGAUUUAAAAAAACAAAACGAAAAAAAUCCGUUCAAUUACGCGAAUGAAAAACGUCUAAUAAUUUUAAUUAAAAAAGGUUUUAAUUAUGACAAUAAUUAUCAAUUGAAUACAGACUCCCAUUUGCAACAAUCGGAAAAUAAGAAGCUAGAAAAUGUUAAUAAAAUUGUUGAAAAAAAUUCAUCAUCAAAGUCAAAAGUUGGUCGAAAAACUAAUACAGUGUUAGCAAGUACAAAAAAGCAUAUCAAUCCAAAACUUAAAAGCCUUACACAGUAUGAAUGUGCAGUUUGUUGCAAAUCGUUUUCAUUCAAGGGUCGCCUUAAAAGGCACAUAAAUUUAGAACAUGGUCAGAACAAACCCUUUGAGUGUGAAAUCUGUCACAAAUCAUUUUCAGUCAGAAAUUAUCUCCAAAAACACAUAAAUGGAGUACAUAAGCGGAUCAAACGUUUUGAGUGUGAAAUUUGUCACAAAUCGUUUUCAUACAAGACAUGUCUUGAAACACACCUGAAUGCAUUACAUAUUCAGAGCAAACCCUUCAAAUGUGACAUUUGUCACAUAUCAUUUAGAUGGAAGCAUAAUCUCAAUUCUCACAUCAGUGUAGUACACGACCGGAGCAAACCCUUUGAAUGUGACACUUGUAAUAAAUCAUUCGCACAAAAAGGUAACCUUACAUCUCAUAUACAUGCAGUUCAUGAUCGUAUUAAACCCUUUGAAUGUGAGAUUUGUCACAAAUCAUUUCCAGCCAGGAGUCAUCUCAAAAGACACAUAAUGGGAGUUCAUAAGCGGAUUAAACGUUCUGAGUGUGAAAUUUGUCACAAAUCGUUUUCAGACAAGGGUUACUUUAAAACACACUUGAGUAUAAUACAUAAUCAGAGCAAACCCUUCGAAUGUGAGAUCUGUCAUAAAUCGUUUGGGCAAAAACCUAACCUUAACUUUCACAUAACUACAGUUCAUAAUCGUAUCAAAUCGUUCGAAUGUGAGAUUUGUAACAAACCAUUUGGAUCUAAGGAUCACCUUCAAAGGCAUAUAACGGCAGUACAUAAACGAAGCAAACCCUUUGAAUGUGACAUUUGUCACAAGUCAUAUGGUCGCAAGGAUCACCUCGUUUCUCAUAAAAAUUUAAUUCAUGUUCGUAACCACUCCUUUGAAUGUGACAUUUGUCAAAAAAAAUUUGAAUACAAGUACAUAUUAAGAAGUCACAUUAUAAAAGAACAUAUUGGCAAACCCUUCGAAUGUAAGAUUUGUCAUAAAAACUUUAAAAAAAAAAGUUUGCUCAAAAGUCACCUAAAAGCAGCGCAUAAUUCCAGCAACCCCUUCGAAUGCAAUAUUUGCCACUUUAGAGUUAAACAAAGAAAUAAUCUUAUAACUCACAUGAACGCAGUUCAUAAUCAAAUCAAACCCUUUGAAUGUGAUAUUUGUCACAGAACUUUCGGAUACCAGCAUGUACUCAAAACACAUAUUAUUACAAUGCACGAUCGUAUCAAACCCUUUAAAUGUGAGAUUUGUCAUAAAGCAUAUGGGAAUAGUACUACUCUCAAAAGGCAUAUAAAUUCAGUUCAUAUGCGUAUCAAACACUGCUAGUAUGAUAUUUUUAAAAAGUCAUUUACGCGCCAGAUUAAAC